AUGAGUCGGAGGCCGUUUCCUCGCCGCCGAUUAUGUCUGCGUGCCUACGAUUGCUCUACGAUUACCGUCGAAGUCCAGUAUACGCGAUCCCUUGCCGAUUGCAAAGGCUUCACGAACAUGCAGUGUCGGAACCUUUACCUGCUACAGGCAAGCAACCAUCGGUGUAUGAUGUCGACUAAACGGCGGACAGGGAAGAGGAGGCAGCGACAACGGACGCUGGCGCUACUGGUGGUACCUCUGCUCCAUCCACCAUCGUCGAUUCAAGGGCGAUGGCGACCCCUGGUAUCAAUACUAGGGGGAAGAAAGCUUAAAAGGAGUCUUUGGAAUUGGAAAACUAAGUUUCAGUUUUUGUUGAGAAAUUUUCACACAGAGUUCAAGAAUUUCUCGGGUUUCGAUGAUUGA